AUGGCAGACUUCCACUGCAACAAGUGCCGAGGUGCGGAUUUGGGCCCUCGACAAUGGGCGACGCGCUGCUCGCACUUGCUUUGCGAUGCCUGCGGGCAAGCUGCCAUGGAGGCUGCCAAGGCCUCGAUGGAGCCUGUGCUGUGUCCCGUGUGCAAGACCCCACUCAUCGAGAAGCAUGAUCUCGUCAACUUUGACCCAAACCCAAGCGAGCAACACCGCAGCAUGAUCCUGGCCGGGCUGUCACCAGCGCUCAUCAUCGAGAUUGCUGGCCGCGCCCUAUCCUUUCACACAUACCAGAUGUCGCUGCAAACGCACCUCAUGCGCCAAGAGUUGAAGACCAAGACCUCUGCACUGGAAGCCAAGUUGCAGAAGCUUGCAGUGCACGGGCAGUCUGAAAUGGACAGGCUGCACACCCAACUGCAAGCUGCCAAGGAGGAGCUUCACCGAACCGUUUCAGAGUUGCAGAGUGCCCGCCAAGCCUUUGCAGAGAAAUCGCGCCAGCACAAUCGCCUGCAGAUGCUGUAUGACGAUUUGCGGCGCAAAGCGGUUGCUCUAGAAGCCACACAGAAGACGCCAGUGCCACGCCACUCACAGCAGCGACCAAUUGCUCAGCCUCACGAAAUGCGCAGCAGCACCACAAGCAGCGUGUCAGGCUUUGUCACAACCCACCACUUGGCAAAACCGGGGCUAAUACAGCAGGGUGAUCCCCCUGGACAGAAGCAGCGGCGCCAGCGCUGGCAUCAUCCAUUGUGA